CGGCUGCGAGCUGCAGGCAGCACACAGCUCCCGGAGACUGGUACUGCCUGGCAUGGGAGAGGGGUUACUCCCGGCCGCUCUGUGACUGCCAUGUCUCCCAUUCCCCGGCUCUCCAUCCAGGAUGGGCAGCGCUGUUUCCAAACGGAAGAACCCGCGGAGCAAUGCCAUCUGCUCGGCUGAAUCCAAGGUCAGAGCAGCACAAGCUUUCAGAGAGUAUCUGUCGCAGACUGAGCCUGGUACCAGUAGCACCAAGGCAUCAGAUCACUUGGUGGCUGAGACCCUGAUGGACCCGGAGCAUUCCUCGGAGAUCCAACAGCCCGCGCAGAACAAGCGCCGCCUCUCCAUGAUCUCUCAGGGAAGAUUCGACCGGAGUUUCUCGGAGGAAGGGGCGGAGAAGCCGGCCGACGGUCAGAAGCCGCGGGUCUACACCAUCUCAGGCGAGAGCCAGCUGCUGUCGGAGAGGGAGACGGAGAGUGAGGGGACGGGGACGGUGACGGCAGCGACGAGUACCCCCGGCAAGGAGGCACGGCCCUCCCAGGCGGGCGGAGGCGGAGGCGGGCGCUGCAGGAACUGGGCGGGCAGCAGGCAGAGCUCGAGGGAGUGUCCCGGCUGUGCGAAGGCCGCAGGCUCCUCGCAGCUGCUGACCGUUGACGGCGAGCACGUGCAGGCGCGCGAGGCCGCCCGCCAUCGCAAGAAGCUCGAGCGCAUGUACAGCAUGGACCGGGUGUCCGACGAUGUCCCAAUUAGGACUUGGUUCCCAAAGGAAAACCUCUUCAACUUCCAGACAGCAACUACCACAAUGCAAGCAAUAUCGGCUUUCCGGGGCUGCAUGGAAAGGAAGAGGAGGAAGCGGGAGAACGAAUGUGCCGCUGUGAUCCAGAGAAAUUUCCGCAAACAUCUUCGAAUGGUUGGGAGUCGAAGAAUCAGAGUGCAAAGUCUUUCUGAGCGACAAGAGAAGAGUUUUGGUCGCUCCUGGAGUGACCCUACGCCGGUGAAGUCUGAUGUGAUUGGUGAACCGCGAGAAAGUCAGGAGUUGCAGAACUCGUGCUGUGCUUUAGAUGAUGAUUUUGACGAUCUCAACUGGGAGGCGGAGAAGGAGCUGGAGCUGCUGUCAUGUGAUGGCGAAGACUUUGUCCCACCCAAGAUCAUGCUCAUUUCAUCCAAAGUCCCCAAGGCAGAGUACAUCCCGACCAUUGUCCGCAGGAAUGACCCCUCAGUCAUCCCCAUCCUCUACGACCAUGAGCAUGCUGCUUUUGAUGACAUCUUGGAAGAGAUUGAGAAAAAGCUGAAUGCCUAUCGGAAGGGGUGCAAGAUCUGGAAGCUGCUGAUCUUCUGCCAGGGGGGACCUGGCCACUUGUACUUGCUGAAGAACAAAGUCGCCACCUUUGCCAAAGUGGAGAAAGAGGAAGACAUGAUCUUGUUUUGGAGGAGGCUGAGCAGAUUGAUGAGCAAGAUCAACCCAGACCCAAAUGUGAUCCAUAUAAUGGGCUGCUAUAUCCUGGGAAAUCCCAAUGGGGAAAAGCUUUUUCGGAGCCUGUCUAAUUUGAUGACUCCUCACCGAAUAUCCUUUGAAUCUCCGUUGGAGCUUUCAGCACAAGGGAAGCGGAUGAUCGAGACAUACUUUGACUUCCGUCUGUAUAGACUGUGGAAAUCUAGGCAGCACUCAAAGCUGCUGGACUAUGAUGACAUCCUGUGAGGCAUAGGGAAGCUCAGAAUUGGAAUAAUCACUUGUAACCGCUCUUAUCGAGAACGACGUCUCCUCAGGGCUGGAGGCAAACAGAGGGUCUCGGAAGGGAUUAAGAAGAAGCAGAAAACAUCUCUGUUGUAUCUUGUUCCAACAAAGAAAGGCUUUAUGGAAGUCACAGGAGAAUGGUGUGGAAAGGUUAGGGCCUUUUUCUCUUUGAGUAGAAGGAUCAGAAAUCGGAAUUUUUAUUUCUGCGGAAUGUUGCCAAUCCAGGUCAAGACAGGAAAGUUCGGGGUUUUCUUUCAUCCUGAAGUCCUUAUGCAAAAGACAAGACUGAAUAGUUAGCUGUUGGAAUUCUGGGAAAACCAGAGAGCGCUAAAUAAGAUUCUUGGAAAGUUCCUGCAAUGGAAAAUUCUAAACUACCCACAGGCCUGGUUUAAAAUCCGUGCGCAGACUGGGGUGUCUGCGAGCUGUUCUUGAGGACCUCAAUGUGAAGGCAGGUUUCAUGGAAGAUAAAAGCUGAAGUUUUUUUUUAUUAUUGAAUAUAGGAACUUUGGAUUUUUAAUUGCAUAGUACUAAUUAUAAGAGUUAGUAGCUAAGAGUGUCUCAGUAGUUAGGAGGAUAUUUCAUCAAUUUUGGAGAAUGAUGUAACGGAUUCCAUUAACAUUGCUUCAGCACAAACUGAAGGCAAUAACAGCAAGUAUGAAAGGAACCAAUUGCUUUGUUCACAACAUUGUACGGCUGACUCUCCAAUUGGAACCAUCAAGAGGUACCUUUCUAUGAUGAAGUAACCUCAUAGUUCUUAUUCUGUGGAAUACAUUUCUAAUAUUGUGUGUCUAACAGGUGUUCUAGAGUAGUGGUGACACCUACUCCAGGUUUUAUUGCAUUUUAAGCAACCACUGAUUGAAGGUGGGGUAUAAUGAUCAUAAGGGAUCACAAAUGAUUUUAGUGGGUAAAAUAAUUAAUAAGAGGAUUACCAGUGAGAGGAGCUGUGUGCAAUCUAGAUCUGUUCUGAACACCAGUAUCAUGCUUUCACCUGAUUUGGAGACACUCUGAUGGUCUUUUUAUGUCCAAUCCUGGAUUCAUUUCAACUUGAGGAUAGAUCAGUUGCACUCUUGAAGGUCUGAAUAAGCUAUUGAUAUUUAUUGAUAGUCACACUGGCCUUGAUUUCAUUUGAAGGUUAUUUAUACUCCAUAAUGUGACCAUGGAAAAAAGGAUUCUUAAAGUGACUGCUUAUCAUUAUCAUGGAGAUCUUUUAUUAUUUCAAUCCGAGUUAGGUUGUCAAGUUUAGAAACUGCCCCUCUAUUAAGAUAUUACUGCAGACCAAGGUCUCUAAGUAGAAUAUUCUAGUGUGUGUUGCAUUGUAGUUGUGUUCGAAGGGGAAACUCU